CCCACAAAAUUAAUUUUGAAAUUAUUUUCGGAGUCUGGAGUUCUGUUACUUCGUUGCGAGUUUUACAGAGAAACAGCGAGAGCAGGUGAAUGGUGAUGGCAUUGGCAGGAAAUAAAGAAACAAAAUUUGGGGCUCCCAAGGACAACUGGGAACUCGUUUAGCUUCGAUUAAACUUUUUAAAUUCCUAAAACCUCUCUUCAUCUAUUGGAAAUCGCCUACAACGAAACCCGACAAAUGGUCAAUUGCAACUUGAAAAAUUGAAACAAGAUUGGCAGGAAAGAGCGCUCCAAAGAAACAAAAAGAAUGGACUUCGACGAUGACGACUGGGGUUUAAGCGCAGAACAACUCGAUUCCCUUGAGAAAGACGCUUACCGGAAGAUCGCUCAACAGCAGCAACAACACUACUCUUCUUCUUCUUCUUCUAAUAAAACCCUACAGUUACAUUGUAACAACACCAAAGCCAUCUUUGAGUCUCCUACUAAAAAGGUGGAAUCUUCGCCUGCUGUAACCAGAUUACUACCCACUUCGGUUAUACCCAAAGUAAAGUCUGAUGAAAGCUCAAAGGGUUUACCAAAGCUCUCUGUCAAAUUUAUUCUUCAUGCCAGUGGAAAUAUUGCUGCUAAAUUUUCAUAUGACCCGGUAUUAGUAGCUGCUAUCCACAAGAUCGCUAGAGCCACUUGGAAUGCGAAAGAGAGACUAUGGAUUUUCCCAAUGUCCUCUUUGUUGUCAGCUGAAAAAGUUUUCAGUGAAAUAUCUAGUUCUAAUGUUGAGGUAGAAAACUUAGAUCCCUUGGUGCAACGUGCUAUUACUGCUGCUUCUGCUGUUCCAGAUCUUCGAGACUGGUAUGACAAGAUACCUAAUUAUGUCGAGUCAAAGCUUCUGCCUUUUCAGCGGGAUGGUGUUAGGUUUGUGUUGCAGCAUGGAGGGCGUGCACUCUUAGCCGAUGAAAUGGGACUAGGAAAGACUUUACAGGCUAUUGCUGUAACUUCAUGCCUUCGUGAUUUCUGGCCUGUUCUAAUACUCACACCAUCUUCCCUGCGUUUGCAUUGGGCUUCAAUGAUUCAACAAUGGCUGAAUAUUCCUUCAUCAGAUAUACUUGUUGUUUUAUCACAAUGGAGUGGAUCAAACAGAGGUGGAUUCUCAUUAGUAUCAUCGAAUAUCAAGCACAAUAUUCAUCUUGAUGGUCUAUUCAACAUAAUCUCUUAUGAUGUAGUCCCUAAGUUGCAGAAUGUUCUAAUGGCAUCAGAAUUUAAGGUUGUGAUUGCAGAUGAGUCGCACUUCAUGAAAAAUGCUCAAGCAAAGAGGACAACUGCCUCUCUUCCGGUUAUAAAGAAAGCUCAAUAUGCAAUACUGCUUAGUGGAACUCCUGCUUUAUCCAGACCAAUAGAGCUAUUCAAACAGCUGGAAGCUUUGUAUCCUGGUGUGUACAAGAAUGUUCAUGAAUAUGGUAACCGAUAUUGCAAGGGGGGAAUUUUUGGAGUUUAUCAAGGUGCAAGUAACCAUGAAGAAUUGCACAACUUGAUGAAGGCAACAGUUAUGAUUCGCAGACUUAAAAAGGAUGUUCUUUCUGAACUUCCUGUAAAGCGUCGACAGCAAGUUUUCUUAGAUUUGGUGGAGAAGGACAUGAAAAAAAUCAACGCUUUAUUCCGUGAGUUGGAGUUUGUAAAAGGAAAAAUUAAGGCAUGCUUAUCUGCUGAGGAGGUUGAAUCACUAAAGUUUUCCGAGAAGAAUCUUAUUAAUAAGAUAUAUACUGACUCUGCUGAAGCCAAGAUCCCUGGGGUCAUAGAUUAUCUGGGAACUGUCAUCGAGGCAGGCUGUAAAUUUCUAAUAUUUGCUCAUCAUCAACCCAUGAUUGAUUCAAUACACGAGUUUCUUAUUAAAAAGAAAGUGGGUUGCAUUCGCAUUGAUGGCAGCACUCCUCCGGCAUCAAGGCAAGCAUUAGUUACUGAUUUCCAGGAAAAGGAUGCUAUAAAGGCAGCAGUGCUUUCUAUCAGAGCUGGAGGUGUUGGGUUAACUUUAACGGCUGCAAGCACUGUUAUCUUUGCUGAGUUGUCUUGGACUCCUGGCGACCUAAUACAAGCUGAAGAUAGGGCUCACAGGAUUGGCCAGGUUUCUUCGGUCAAUAUUUAUUACCUGCUAGCAAAUGACACUGUUGAUGACAUUAUAUGGGAUGUUGUUCAGAGCAAGUUGGAAAACUUGGGACAGAUGCUUGAUGGCCAUGAGAAUACCCUAGAAGUUUCAGCCAGCCAGGAGAGAAGCAGCCCUGCAAAGCAGAAAACACUGGACUCUUUUCUGAAGCGCUGUAGUGGUGGGGAUGACUUGGAACAUCAGUCCAAGUUCAAAUACCCCAGGCACUGAGGGACUUUCUCUCUUACAGUUACAGGUGUGGGCAGGCACAUGGAAAUUUCAUGUUCUGAAAUAGCACAAUCACUAAUGUGAAUCAGUUUUUGAUCUGAAUAUGGUUUUUCGUAUAUGGAUAUUCCAAAUAGAGAUGCGAGUGCUGGAAAUGUAGGCAAGUUUUGGAAGUUCACGGGCCAUUUAAGGUGGAUCUUUUACCACUUGUAAGUCAUUCAGUUGUGCAAGUCUUCAGUAGGAAUGAAGAGUUUGUAAAGGGCAUCUGAAACUCCAAGUAGCUGUUUGAGAAAAAUGCAUGUUAUAAGUGUAUAUUAAAUUAAUGCAGUGGGCGCAAAUUUACUUUAUAUUUAUUUA